CUGCACCCCCCUUACAUGGCCAAUGUCCUUUUAAAUAAGAGAAGCGGCUCCGAGUGCAAGAGAGAAGCAUACUGCAGCAUGGAUCUUAUUCUACUUGGCCUCUUCACCCUCGGCCUCUCAUCCCUAAUCCUCUUCUUCCUCCACCUCAAGCAGUCGAGGAGGAAGCCCCUGCCGCCCGGUCCCCGCGGCUGGCCGAUCCUCGGCAACCUCCCCCAGCUGGGGCCGAAGCCUCACCGCACGCUGCACGCGCUGGCCAAGGUCCACGGCCCGCUCUUCCGCCUCCGCUUCGGCUCCGUGGACGUCGUCGUCGCCGCCUCCGCGGCCGUCGCUUCCCAGCUGCUCCGCGCGCACGACGCCAUCUUCUGUGACCGGCCGCCCAACUCCGGCGCCGAGCACGUCGCCUACAACUACCAGGACCUCGUGUUCGCGCCAUACGGCCCCCGCUGGCGUAUGCUCCGCAAGCUCUGUUCCGUCCACCUCUUCAGCGCCAAGGCGCUCGACGACCUCCGGUGGGUACGGCAGGGCGAGGUGGGGCUCCUGGUGCACGCGCUCCGCGCUUGCGGCGAUGCGCCGGUCAACCUGGGCUACGCCGUGAACGUCUGCGCCACCAACGCGCUGGCCAGGGCCACCAUGGGGCGGCGGGUGUUCGAGGAGGACGGUAGCCGGGAGGGCGCUGGGGAGUUCAAGGAGAUGGUGGUGGAGCUGAUGAGGCUGGCGGGGGAGUUCAACGUCGGCGACUUCGUCCCGUGGCUGAACUGGCUCGACCCCCAGGGGGUGGUAGCCAGGAUGAAGAGGCUGCACCGCAGGUACGACGAGUUCCUCGACGGGAUCAUCGCGGAGCACCGCCGCCGCGCGGAGGCUGCCGAGGGGGAGGACGACCCGAGCGGCCGCGGAAGGGACCUGUUGAGCGUGUUGAUAGCGUUGACCGAGAGGCCGGACGGUGAAGGCGAUGGCGGAAAGCUCACCGACACCAACAUUAAGGCCCUACUAUUGAACCUGUUCACAGCGGGGACGGACACGUCAUCGAGCACGGUGGAGUGGGCGUUGGCGGAGCUCAUCCGGCACCCGGACGUCCUCAAGCAAGCCCAGCGGGAGCUCGACUCGGUGGUCGGCCGAUCCCGGCUCGUCACCGAGUCCGACCUCCCCAACCUGCGCUUCCUGCAAGCCGUCAUCAAGGAGACGUUCCGGCUCCACCCGUCCACGCCGCUGUCCCUCCCGCGCGUGGCGUCGGAGGCGUGCGAGGUGGGCGGCUACCAGAUUCCCCGGGGCGCGACGCUGCUCGUCAACAUCUGGGCCAUCACCCACGACCCGGCGUCGUGGCCGAACCCGCUCGAGUUCAACCCGGCCAGGUUCCUCCCCGGCGGCGGGCACGAGAGCGUCGACCUCAGGGGGCAAGACUUCGAGCUCAUCCCCUUCGGAGCCGGGCGGAGGAUCUGCGCCGGGAUGAGCCUGGGGAUCAGGAUGGUGCAGUUCAUGACGGCCACCCUGGUGCACGCCUUUGACUGGAGUCUGCCGGAGGGGCAGAAGCCGGAGAAGCUCGACAUGGAGGAAGCCUAUGGGCUGACGCUGCAGCGGGCCGUGCCUUUGAUGGUGCAUCCUCGUCCCAGGCUGACCUCUGCGGCGUACGAGGCCGGUUGUUGAAUCGUACCACCGAAUCCGCCUUGCGUUCAAUAAGAGAUUCGCGAAGUGACAUCA